AUGGGUCGUCUAGACCGUCUGGAGUUGGAAAACUUCAAGAGCUACGGUGGUCAUGUGAUCGUUGGUCCGUUCAAAGGCUUCACAGCUGUUGUUGGGACUAACGGUAGUGGCAAGAGUAAUCUCAUGGAUGCUAUCUCUUUUGUGCUCGGCGUGCGUACCGCUCAGCUCCGCGGUAACCAACUUCGCGACCUAGUGUACCGAAAUCAAGAGGACGAAAAUGACGACGCGUCUCGUCGACGUGCUUAUGUUAAGCUCGUGUAUCAACAAAGUGAUGGAGACGACCCCAAUGGGGAGAUCGAAUUCAUGAGGACAGUCACUGUAGCAGGUUCUAGCGAGUACCGCGUGAAGGGACGCGUAGUUUCGUUAGAAAGGUACAAUGCCGAGCUUGCGAAGAUAGGCGUCUUGGUGAAAGCGAGAAACUUUCUUGUUUUCCAGAAUGAGGUCGAGAACAUUGCCUCCAAGUCUCCCAGAGAACUGUCAGUCAUGUUUGAGGAGGUAUCGGAAUCAGCGGAGUUGAGAGCAUCUUACGAAGAUGCACUUGCUGAGAAGGACUCAGCAGAAGAACAGGUUACAGAAUUUUGGCGAAAGAGAAAGGGUAUGGUUGCAGAGAAGCGCCAAUGUCGCGAGCAAAAGGAAGAAGCAGAGCGAUUUCGACGCUUGCAAGGCGAUAUUGCGGAUGUGAAGACAGAGAGUGCACUAUAUGAACUCUUUCACGUGGAUGAAGACCUCAAACUUGUUAAUGUCGAUGCAAACAUCAUCAAAGAUGAGCUUGAUGUGCAUGAAAGACAAUUCGCGAAGAAAGAAUCCGCGUUAAAAGCAGAGAAAAGGCUAGUGGUUGAGUUAGAGAAAGAGCGAGUCAAAUUAGAGAGAAGGAACAGGAGAAUUGCUGACGAAAUUGAGAAGCUUCGUCCUCUGGAAGUGAAAUAUGAGACGGAGAAGUCAGGAAUCACUCGGCGAAUCAAAGGAGACGAACGUUCACUCGCCAAACUUAAGGCAAAGUUUGAAGAGGGAUCCGACGAACUGAGGUCCAUUGAGGCCGAACUGAAAAAAUGCAUAGGGGAAAUCGAGACCUUGCAAAACGAUAUUGAAGAAGCCGAAGAGGCGAGCGUUUCUCCGGAGAGCAUGGCAGAGUACCGCUCUUUGAAAGAUGUGGUCGCGACGAGAACGUCUGUCCUGCAGCAGGAGCUGGAAGUAGCAAAACAAAACGCGAAUGCGUCAGCGAAGCAGAAGACUGCAUUGCAAGCCCGAGAAAGGGACUUGGAGGAACGCCAGGAGGCCGCUGGGAAUAGUCUUUCAGUUUACAGAAAGAGAGUUGACGAGCUCGGCCAGCAAAUCCGUGUCACCCGACUUGAGAUUGCGAACGCCACACAAGAACAAUCGCAAAUGUCAGACGUGAGUAAAGAGCGGGACAGCGUGCGCAUGGCAUUGGAAAAGACCAUUAACGAUGCCAUUCAGGCCUUACGCGAUGCGAAAGCUGAUAUGAACGAAAGCGGACGUGAGCGGGCCUUCAACGCAGCCUUUGAGAACAUGCGACGACUAUUCCCUGGCGUUCAUGGCCGCUUGUCAGACUUGUGCAAGCCAACCCAAACGCGAUACAGGGAAGCUGUUGCUGUAGUGUUCGGCAAACUGAUGGAUGCAAUCGUUGUCGAUAAUGAAAGAACUGGGACAGAAUGUAUCAGAUUUCUCAAGGACCAGCGCGUUGGUAUGGCUACGUUUAUCCCGUUAGAAAACGUCCGACCUCGAGCUAUCGAUGAGUCCUUGAGGCGCCUUGGCGGCACAGCACGGCUUGCAAUAGACGUUGUGAACUACGACGAAUAUAUCCACAAAGCUGUCCUAUAUUCUGCUCAGAAUGCUGUAGUCUGUGACACGCUGGACGAAGCACGGCAUCUACGCUAUGGUGGGGGAAGAAAGAUCAAGAUUUGCUCUCUUGACGGUACACUCAUCAACAAGGCGGGAUUCAUGACUGGUGGAAUCGGCCAGGCUGAAAUGGGUCGAGCCCGAAAGUGGGAUAGAGCGGAGAUUGAAACCUUGAAACGCAAGAGACAUGUUGCUGAACAGGAACUGCAAGCAAUGGGUGCAGCAGAAUCUGACAGACGAACAGCCGCCUCCAUGGCAGAGCACAUGGGAGAACUGCAGAGAAAGCUGUCCACUCUGGAAUUAGACAUUCGCGGCGCAACAUCGAGCGUUCAAACAGCAGAGAAAGAUGUCGAACAUACCACAAACGAAAUUGAGUACCUACGCCCACAGCUCCAAACCGCCACCCAAGCUCAUACGAACUUAACCCGGAGUGUGGAGUCAAUCGAAAAACGUCUUCACGGAUUAGAAAAUGAUCUGUUCGGAGAUUUUGCUGCUCGCCAUGGCAUUGAAAAUGUCCAGCAGUUUGAGGAACAAUUCGUGCGAAAAUCAGAAAAGAUGAGGGCAAGGAAACUUGAACUGGAGACGAAGGAAGCGAGUUUGCAAUCAAAAUUCAAUUAUCAUCGAACACAGCAGAGCCGAACCAGCAUCACUCGAUUGGAGAAGCGAGUUGAAGCUCAGGCUUCUCGCAAGAGAACAGUAGAAGAAAGUCUGGAAAGUUUAGGCACCAAGCGAGCCGAGCUAGAGAGCCGAGCUGAAAGCGUCGAGGGUGAAAUAUCAAGAAUCAGCACCGAGAAACAAAACGCUGUUGACGCCAUUACCGAGAAGCGCCACGAUUAUCGGAAGGAAAACGAGGGAGUGAGUGAAAAGAAGAAACAGCUGGCGGAGAAGCGUGCGAAAAUUGAACAAUUGAUGGGGCAGCGCAAAAGGUUGCUUACAACCGCCAAGGUAAACCAAGUCGCCAUUCCGCUCCUGGAGCAAGACGAUUCCGAAAGGCAGGAGGAUAUUCUCGAUACAGAAGGUGAUGCGGUGAUGGCGGCAACCGACGCUGGGGAUGCUGGGGAGAGUGAUCCCACCUCUGUCGCUGUGGACGUCAACGUUGAAGUAGACUACUCUUCUCUCUCAAGACGAUUACGAGCUGCAGGCACCGCAAACAAACAAAGAGAAAUGCUAUCAUCUCUUUCAGAGAAAGUCCGCACAAUGGAGCAGCAAUUGGAUGGGCUUACGCCGAACUUGCGAGCCAGUGAGCACAUGUCGGAUGUGCAGAUCAAGCUCGCAGAGAUUGACAGAGAGACUGAAAACGCUCGGGAAAGAGCGCGGAAGGCUGUGUCAUCCUUUGAAGACAUCAAGCAAUCCCGGCACGACCGUUUCAGCGCGUGUUUUUCCCAUGUGGCUGAAAAAAUCAAUGAAGUCUAUAAGCAGCUCACGAAGAGCGAUACCUAUCCCAUGGGAGGAACCGCAUAUCUCUCUCUCGAGCAACAAGAUGAACCAUAUCUUGGCGGCAUUAAAUUCAACGCUAUGCCACCAACUAAGAGAUUCCGAGAUAUGGACCAGUUAAGCGGAGGUGAACGAACCGUUGCUGCUCUUGCGCUUCUCUUUGCGAUCCACGACUUUCGUCCCAGCCCAUUUUUUGUUCUCGACGAGGUUGACGCUGCUCUUGACAGCCUCAAUGUAGGAAAAGUAUCUACCUACGUUAAAUCUCGAGCACCCGAUUUGCAAACUAUCGUGAUCAGUCUCAAAGAUUCAUUUUACGAGCGGGCUGAUGCGCUCAUUGGAAUAUAUAGGGAUGUCAGCGCGAAAGGAUCUCGCUUGCUGACGCUCGAUCUGACUGCGUAUGAUGAACAAACGAAGUCACUGCCUGUUGCAGCUGUCUGA